AUGAAAACAACAACGUCUGACUCCGACAAGCUGCAGAAGCCACGCGUUUCCCGCCAUGGCAAGCAGAUGCACCUCAACUACGAGUGCCCGCAUCGACUGAACGUCACCAAAGUCUACCCUGUACAGACCCCACGCGGUGCCGACAUUAUCAUCUCUGGAUACGAUCAUGGUCUUCACAUACUCUGGAGAGGUGGCAGGCCGCUGUCGACCGCCUCGCGCACUGUCCGCGAGCGUGUCGACGACUUAGCAGGAACCCGAACACACCGCACCGAGUGGAAUCAUCCCAUCGACGUAACCACGUCUGCCGUAACCGAGGACAUUCCUGAUCAGGACAAGCCGCGCUACGAUGCUGAAGACGAGGAGCUGGACGAAGAUGAGCCAUACCCGUCCUUCACACAAGAGCUGAAGUUGUCUUUUGGCAGUCCCGUCCUUCGUCUGGCCCUGCCAAACGUCCCACAAGCUUCUUCCUCGCUACAAUCCAAGGCCCGCGUACCGCUCAUAAUCAGGCAACGCAUUGUUCUGGCCGUCGCAUGUGCCGAUGCUACAUUGCGCCUGAUCACACUUCCCUUGACACCUCCAUCGGCAUCCGCCAAGAGAAAUGGUCGCCUAGGUGCUCAGAUUUGCGAACUUAGCCCAUCUGCUGCGUCCUCCGCUAUGGCUAGGGACAUCGCCCUCACAUGGACGAGCAGCUCAAGUCUGUCUGAUGCAAAUAACCAGAUGGACCUCGACAAUCCACAACAACAACAACCCACUGCAAACGACGAGAAGCUCGAUCUACUGGUUGCCUCCUCGACCUCGGUUCACCUCGAGACUCUUACCUUCUACCGUAUCCCUAUCGCCUUUGACGAAUUGACAGGCGGCAAAAUCCCGACCGCCGUCAUUCCAUUCCACGCCGUACCGCUUUCAUCCUCCUCUCAGUGUCUCCGCUUCAGCACAGCUCAAUACCCCUCGCGCCAUCAUUCACGUCUCCUUGUUGCUGACGUAAAGGGUGCUUUGAAGAUCUACGAUCCGCUCGCGCCAAAAGGCCGUCCUUCGUCUCGUGCUUCUGCCGAUGACUCGUCCGCCGAGACAGGUAGCUGGAUUUCGGCCUUCAACACCUCUUUCCAGAUGCCCAAGGGAGCCACAAGCAACUAUCCCGGCCUUGCCCAGAGGAGAAAGAUCGUAGACGUCGCUUGGGUUUCGGGAGCCAAGGCUGCUCUGGUCUUGUUGGAUCGUGGUGAAUGGGGCGUGUGGGAUAUCGACGGUGUAACACAGAAAAAGAUGAACACUUUUGUCAUACAGGGCUUUAUCGGUAGUCCCGAUGCUGCACCUACUUCGGAACUCAAAUCUAGAUCUGCUCAGGGACUUGCGCCAUCGACACCCAACACUCGCCAGCAACGACAGGAAUCACUCUUUGGCGCACCAAAGCCUGCUGCGCCAGCGACGACUACAGCCAGAGGAGGUGUGUGUGCCGUUGCAACAGCUGGAAACCAUGGACAUGUCGAUGAUUCGGUCGUUCUGUGGUACGGCAGUGACGCAUACCACAUCCCGAGCCUUGCAGCCCUCUGGCAGCGCAGUCUCAACAGCAGCGGCAAGGACAUUGGAUCCCUCUACGGACCUGGACUCUCACACAUCGAAGGCUUGGAUCUUUCUGGCGAGAUCCUCAACGGUGUCACGCAAUUUCCUGUUCGAUCCACUGCAAUCAACCUAGGAUCCAUGUCUCUACGCGACUUUGUAGUUACUGGCGAGUACAGUCUUAUCAUUAUCCAGUCUAUGCGGCCACAAAAACCAUCUAGAUCGCUAUUCGCUCAAGCGACAGGCGGAUCGAGCAAUGGUCCUAGCGUUUUCGAUCAACACCUACUAGAACGCGGAGAACUGGACCUCGGUGGCAUGGACCGUUUGCUCGACGGCAUGGGCAGCAGGAAUGGUUUCGCACCUGCGGCGACCAAGAAACGCGUUGGAUUUGCAGGGUAG